AAUCUAGACUAGAAAUAGUUGAUGCCUAUGCCUAUAUAAUUUAAUUAUAAACUUCUACCUAGAAAGAAUAGUCCUAGACUUAGCAGAAUUUGGGUCAUUGGCUUUGGUUAACACUUAAACUUAAUAUGCAUGGACUUAUUCUUAUUGACUAGAGUCAGACACUAGAGAGUCAAUAGAUCUAGAUUCUAGUCAUCUACUCUAGCCGUAACUAGAUGUAGAAUCUAAAUCUAGAGUAGAUGUAGAUCUAAUUCUAGGAUGUAAAGAUACCGAAUGGAAUAUCAAAUAAUGAAAUAUGUAAAUAUCAUCUCUGACUGUGGACUUUGGUCCUGUCUGUAGGCCUGGCCAUUGCAACAACUAGCUUUCUCCAGCAGGGACAGGUUCUUGGAAAGGUGAAAGUUAAUCUGAGAAAAAAACAACAAUCAUAAGUAAGCAUGAUGAACUGUAGCACACUUGAAGAGUUAUCUCAUCAUUUCUUAAGCCAGCUUUCAGUAUUGAUUCAUGCUCAGCAGUUAUCAGGAGCUUCAGCAGAUGACAGUUUUAUACAACUUGUUUGUAACCUGAAUAAGUCUCUAGAUGAAAUAUACAAAAUGCUUAAAGUUAUGCGUCACCGUGUUAAUGAGGCCAAGAUUCAAUUGGGACAGAAUGAAGAACUCAACAAUCAACUAAAAACACUUGCAGAACAGCUUCAACAUGCACUAGACAAUGUACCAUCAAGAUUACCUAAACUGAAACCUCAGCAUGUUGUACCAGUUAUGCCUUUACAAGAUUCAGUAGACAAUAGAAAAAUGGAGCCUGCUGUUCACAGUAAUGAAUGUAAUUAUCUACGGUUUCUUACAGUCCAAGAGUUUGAAUCUGUACCAAAAUAUAUGAAAGGGCGGCUAACUUAUGAUAAAGUAAACCACACUGUUGAACUUCUUGAUCAAGCAUACACUGAAAAAUAUAAAAUUCUGAGUCAGAAAAAAGCAACACUCAAUGAUAUGAACAGAAAGAGAUGUGAAAACUACAGGUCACAAGAAAUAAAAGAAACAAAAGGUGUCCAUUUCAUUGUUGAAAAAGAUAUAACUGAAUUUACAAGUCUCAAACUGGAUAUCAAUGCAAGAAAUAUUUUAACAAUUCUUCGACAUUGUGGUGUGAUACAUGAAAUCAGAGGAGGAGGGCAUGUACGAUUUGGAGUUGUGUAGUAUAAUCUGUUCUGAUGUUUGGAAACUCAAAUAUUUGUUUUUAAUAGUGCCUAUAGACAUUGUAAAUAUUUAUCAUUAAGAUUAUGUCUUUAUAAGUGUUUUUUUUUUUUUUUUUUUUAUUUUUUUUUUUCAGUUUCAAUAAUUAGAAUGCUUAUUUUUUUGCCAAGCACUAAAUCUUUCAAUGUAGGAAAACAAAAUUAAAUAAGCUCUUUUUAAAAAGCACAUAGCACUAUUAAAAUGAGUGCUAGGCUCGCUAACCAAAGGUCUUUAAAUGUUUUUGUCUACCAGCUGUAAUGGAUUUCUGACAUUAGUAAUGAAAACUAAAAGCUGUUGGUCUUAAUCUUGUCACAGAAACAGAUGAGUUUACAUCUACACAUAGACCAGUAGUUCUCAAAUAGAAAAUUAAUACUACAUAAAUAAAUGAUACAUUUGUAUCUUAAGACUUUUAGAUCUCCUAAAAAAAAAUGUGUUAUUGUAGCAAUUUUGUUUUUUAGUUGAAGCUGUACAAUAAUUGGUGCUAAUCACUUUUCUUCUAUUCUAUAGUUAUGUCAGAAGCUUUUUCAAUAUUGAUGAAAAAAUAUUUUUGUUUUGUUUUCUUGUAAGUCAAAUUAAUUGCAAUGGUGUGUACAGUAAGAAAAAAAUAUUUUAAAUGUAGAAACAAAUUUAGAUUCUAAUAAGUGCACUUCUAGUAAGAUUAUAUAUAUAUAUACUAGCCAUAUGUUGCCUGUGGGUCUUAAUUUGCUUAUCACUGUCGAUAUAGUCACUUAGAGUGUUUUGUAAACUUUUAAACAAAAUAAUAAUGUUAUAAGUAAAGCGAAUGCGUGAAUGUAAAAAUAGUAUGAAUGGAGCUAUCAAAAUAGCUAAUUGACCUAAAUCCAUUAUUUCAAAUAAAAACAUUUGCCUGUAGGUCUACAUAUAUUUGAUUAAAAUUUGAAAUGAAUAGACUUUAUUUUGUAUGUUCAUGUGUUAAAGUAUAAAGUAGAUCUAUCAUCUUGAGUUUGAGACUAAUCUAGAGUUAAAAAAGCCUUGUCUUGGAUAGAGUUCUAUAUGCGCGUGCAUGGAGCCUUUGCUCUGCGCAUGCGUGACCUUUUUUGUUAGAUGUAUGGAAUCAUGAAUGGAACUAUUAAAAUGUAUGUCAAUUUGGCUUAGCAGCUUUAGCAAACGAAUGUAUGUAAAAUGCUUUAGAAAAACAAAUUUGAAUGUUAAUUUGAUUAAAAUAUGAAAUGAAUGGACUACAAUUAGUAUGUUUAUGUGUUAAAGUAUAAAACUAUCUUUGCGAAGAGAAGUUCUAUCAUCUUAGAGUUGAAUUAGAGUUUUAGACCUAGGAAUAGAGAAAUGUGUAACAUUUCGGUCUUGUCUAAUGAAAGAAUGUACGUCAGGACUUCUAAAUUUGCAGAUAUAAGGAACAAAUUUAUGUAAAAAUGCUUUUGAAAGACAAAUUUGAAGCUUAGUUUUAUUAAAUAAUGAAAUCAAUAGACUAUAUUUUGUAAUUUUCAUGUGUCAAGGUAAAAAAACUAUCUGUGCAAAGUGUAUCUUCUUAUCUUAUAUAAUACAGAGGUUACUUCAAAAAAGAAGAUGAUUACGUCCUACGCGUCAUGCAUUUAGUCAUGCAUAUUAACCAAUGACUUAAAUUCUGCCAAGUCACUGGUUUUCCUGGCUAGCUCAAGCAACCCAUUCCAUGCUCUAAUAGAACUAGGCAAGAAGGAGUAUUUGUGCAAAUUUGUCCUAGCAUAUGGGACGAGGAAUUUGCCUUUAUCUUUGUGCCUUUCAAGUGUAGUUCUUAAAACUAGAUCUAGAUCCUUUUCUCAUGUAAACAUGGCCUAAAUUUAUAAGAUAUUAAUACUUUCAUAGAGUUGGGCAACUUUUUUUUUUUUUAAGGGUCUUAAGUUUGUUUUUGGGCUACCAUACUAUGUUACGGUUCCAGUUAGCACCCAAGGAACAUUUCUGCAAAGUUUUAUCAAGAGUGGUGAAACAGUUUUGACUUCCUGCGGAACAUAAAUACAUACGCUUUACUUUCUACUUUAUAGUAUAGAUAUAUAUUUAGUGAGAGAGAAAUAUAUUGUUUGCCUGUAAAUUCUCAUUACACUAAUAACUUUUUUUUAAUAACACAUUGAUUUGGAAGUUUUCCUUCACUUGAUUGAACACUGUCAUAAUGAAAUGGAUUGACUACAAAUGUCCACCUCAGCCUAACUACGAUAACAAACAACUAUAUAGAUGCAAAUACAAACAACAUUCACGUAUGAAACACAUCACACACUCACACAUGUAUUAUAUUGCAUGUAUAUCUGUAUCUAUAGAUUGUAUUUUGAAAUAUUAAAAAAAAAACGCUACAGAUUAACGUGUCAUUAAAGAUCAUCUCUA